CUAUGGUACUACAUAGUAUCUAGUGUGCGUUAAAUUGUCGCACUCAUAACUCCGAGCCUUAUUCUCCCCUCUCUGCUAUAGUUUCGGAUUGAAUAUUCUUGUGUUCCACACUUUCAUGUGCUGACUAGGACAUAACUCCUCAUGUUUGCUGAAUUUCUGCUCCGACCUACUGUCUUCCGUAACAUGCAGCCAAAUAUGGGGACCAGGGCUUCGUUUUCGGAAAUAGUGUCUGGGUCGUCCCUGGAAUCGCAUGACACCAAUUACUUGAAUGGCCAUAUCUCACGUAUCCGCUGUUCGUGCUGCGCAGCAGACAUUUGCUUGACAUCGCAGAUAAUCAGCAAAGGGUUCACAGGCCGCCAUGGCCGCGCAUUUCUUGUGUCCGGGGAACCCAUCAUCAGCGCACUUGCGAUGAAGUCUUCGCCAACUGAUUCCCUUCCAAAUACCAUCAUACAAAAGCCCGUACCACGACGGUUGGUCACGGGUGCGCACACAGUAGGCGAUAUCAGCUGCGCUCUUUGUGGAAAUGUACUCGGUUGGAAAUAUGUCGCUGCUGAAGAAGGAUCACAACGAUACAAGGUCGGCAAGUUCAUCUUGGAGACCGAAAGAAUUAUGACAUCUUCGUCUUGGGAAUCCCCCUCUUACGUCGACCCAGCAAUGCUAUCUGUACCUUUGGGCUCUGGCGAGUCAGUGUUUGAAACUUCAGAAAAUGGUACAGAAUUUGACAGCCAGAAUGAAGAUGAAUGCGAAGACUUGUUUGCCGGGAUUUGGAGCCCUGGUUUGGCUAAGCGCCGGAGGAAUCGCAAACUGCCCGGACGCCGGCCUUCUCUAUUCGGAAUUAAGACCCUGUAAUCUUUUCGUUCCCCAAGGGUGAUAAAGUAUGAUGUGACAGCCUAGGAUUUCAGCUCUCGUGGAAAGAGCCCUGGUACUAAUAACCCUACUUCGCCUUCUGCGCUUUGCGUUUCUCUUUUGGUCUCCGUUUUUCUCCUUUUUUUCGGCCUUUCCCUUGUUUUACGCACUGGAAUGUAGUGAUGAAAGAUAUUUGUGAUGGUUGAGCGAAAAUUGCUGCUUAUACCCCUCAGCCCGUUCCUUGUGCCUCGCUCAACUGGGUAUCAUAGUAUCAUAUCAGAAUUUAUGCUCAAUUCGAGCAAAUAUCAACAUGA